ACAUCACUAGCUAGUAUCAAUGAAGCAGCUAAGAAUUUUACUUUGUGCAGGAAAACGACAAACGCAAAGCAAAAAAUACCAUUGAAGUGUGAGCAAUUGAACAAUUGUACAAUUGAAUUGCAACAGCAACGGCAGUCGCAGCAAAUCAAAUUCCAUUAAUUGAAAUCAAAGCAACAUUAGUUUCUCACUUCCAUCCCGUGCCAUCAUAUUCAUAUAGCAUUCCGACACCUGCAAAAAAGUGCCACACAGACGACGAAAGGGGUCGCAAAAUAAACAAGAGGAAUCAAAAUGCGUGUGCUAGCGCCAUCGCACAUAUUAAAUAUUAAAUCAAUAUUUCUGGCUGUAAUCGCCACACUGUUGACGGCACCCAAUGCGGUCCUCACGCGCAAACAUCACUUGGAAGUUCGAAAUGACAUGCGCCCGUAUAUUGCCCUCAGCACAUUUGGUUUCUAUACAAAUGGACAUUUGGACGUCCAGCUGAGCAUGCUAACAAUUGACGAUGAGCAGUCGACGGAUUUGUUUGGUCUUUCGUUGGACAAGACAACCAUUGAUCAGCUGAAUCCCUACCUGGACUCGCAUCAAAAUAAGUGCAUACUGGAGGAGCCGCCGUCCAAUCAGAAAAGUGGACCAAUUCUAUUCUUUGUGCUGGAUCUAAAGGAGUUAAAAGUGCGUGUGCAGUGCUCACCGGAAUGGGUUAACAAGCAUGUCUACAAGGAUGUGAUGUACCGUCGCAAGCGAAACUCUCAUAUCGCAAAAGUUAGUGAUACGGCGCUGUUCAUGCAACAGCGUCGUCGUCGUGCCGUGAUGCCCGUGAGCUCAGACGAGCUGGGCGAUGAAUUGGAUCGUUCGGCUGAGGAACCCAUUUUGUCCUCACAGAUUGUUGCGGGCAAAAUUGAAACAGCUUCCAAGUUGGACUCUGGCGUUAAAGAGCAGAAUGCAGAGACUGCUGUUGGUAAGGAGCCCAAAUCUGCUGUUGCUCAUCCAAAAAUCGAAGUAUCAAGUGCUUUGCCAGUUGCUGCACUGCCGCCACUUGAAGUGGAGGCCGGUGCUGGCUCAGUUGCUGAUGAUGGUGCCAUUGCGGCCGCAGCAUCUUCUUCGGCCAGCAACAACAACAAGAAACAUGACGAUGCUGAACUACAACCAUCGCUGCCCGUCGAGAAUGCUCCGGGAGUGGUGCCAAACUUUUACGAUUCCAAUUCGUACAGGCAAUCGCAGGAAGAGCUGUGCAAGAAUUUUACGCUGCCGUUAAUUAAAAAAACGAUCGACGGCACCAACUAUUACAAUUUUACGUUCUCCAUGUUUGUGGCCACACAGCACGACGAGGGCUUAUACAAUUUAUAUUUCCACGCCUGUCCAAACUACGAUCGCCCCAAGAUAUUGUCGUUUAAUGUGGACAUUGAGGAGAAUAACAAUGGCAACUAUUUGUCAGCAGGUGAAAUGCCGCUGCCAGCUCUGUACUUUAUGAUGAGUCUGCUAUUCUUCUUGUCCGGCCUGUUCUGGGUGUUCAUACUUAAAAAGAGCAAGCACACCGUCUACAAGAUACACUAUCUGAUGGCUGUUCUCGUGUUCCUCAAGUCACUUUCCCUUAUGUUCCAUUCUAUUAAUUACCAUUUUAUCGAAAAACGUGGCGAACAUGUGGAAACCUGGGCCAUUCUCUACUAUAUUGCUCACCUUCUGAAGGGCGCCGUACUUUUUAUAACAAUUGUACUUAUCGGCACCGGGUGGACAUUCAUUAAGCAUAUACUAUCCGAUAAGGAUAAGAAGAUCUUCAUGAUUGUCAUUCCGCUCCAGGUUCUGGCAAAUGUGGCUCAAAUCAUUACAGACGAAUCGGAUCAGAGCGACGCCGAGUUCCGCACCUGGCAUAACAUAUUCUUCUUCGUGGAUCUCCUUUGCUGUGGUGCCAUACUCUUCCCAAUUGUGUGGUCGAUCCGCCAUCUGCAUGAGGCGUCUGCUACAGAUGGCAAGGCAGCAAUUAAUCUGCGAAAACUAAAGCUGUUCCGCCAAUUUUAUAUCAUGAUUGUCUGUUACAUUUACUUUACGCGCAUCAUUGUCGACUUGCUGCAGAUGACCGUUGUCUUUCAGUACGCCUGGCUGGAUGAGAUGUUCCGGGAGAUGGCCACAUAUGUGUUCUUUGUGCUAACAGGCUACAAAUUCCGUCCAGUCUCAUCGCACCCAUACUUCACAGUGCCCGACGAUGAUGAGGAUGACGAGGUGGAGGUGUUCACUGAAUCCGGCCUUACAGCGUCGGUGCAUCGCAUUAAGCCGCUGAAUCGCUCGGCCCAUUCCAACAGCAUCACCAUCAUUGAGGGUAACGAUGAUGAGCGCGAGAAUCUGAUUGCGAAACGAGAGUCAAGUCAUGAAUACGAUUAGAUUUUUGAGAAAACACCAUACACACGCAUAUAUGUAUAUAUAUAUAUGAUGAUAUAUAUAAUGAUAUACAUUUAUAUAAUUAUGUUUGUAUAGAAUACGCACAUAACUGCAAUCGUACUUUAAGCCAGAUGAAUUCCAACUAUCGCCAGCUGUUGGGAUAAUGGGUGGAUGUUUGGUAGGCUUUGGGAUGAAUCAUGUUUAGUUUGUAGUUAACCUCGCUCCCCUCCAAAGAGAGCCCGUCCAACCCGAACGCACGUGUAAAUAGAAAACGACGCUUCACCCGUUGAUCCGCACACCCCACCCCCGCCUCGACCCGUCACGCCAUCAGAUCGAUGCUUAUACCCUAUCAUUUGACGGCAUCAUUGAUAUAAUUUUAAUGAAUAUACGAUACAUAUAUACAUAUAAAGCUUUAAUAUAAUAUACCACAUUGAUCAA